AUGCGACACGUGCGUUGUUAUCUGUAACCGGUGAAAAUCUCGCCGCAAUACUCAGGUUUUAUCUGUUUAUUAUUAACAUUAUGUGAUAUUUCCCCCUUCGAAAGCCCUUAAAGUGUGCACUAUGUCUGCCUCGAGAGCCGUGCAGGCUGGGAGGGUGUUCUCGAAAUUCAAGUACGACGCCCUGGUCGAAGAGGGUUCCCACCUCCCGGAGUCGUACAAGAAGUUCUACACAGAAUGGAAAAAGAUGGAGCCGUCACCUGUCCACUACAGACACAAAACGGACCUUACUUGGGUCAGGAAUAAAUACGGAGAAAUGAAAAGAGUCGACGAUUUCCCGAUUCCACUCUUAUACCCUCCAGAAAUGCAUAAAGGAAUUUGGGGUGGCGAGGCUGUAAUAAAAGGUUUUCAGAAACGGACGAGGUUGAAGAAAAAAGUUCCUCACUUCUGGUUCCCCAUCUUGAUAAAAUCUGCCGUCUAUUCUGAGGUCCUGAACAAGACAAUGGACAUGACAAUGACAAAUAGGACUAUUGACUUGAUUUUUGAAAACUUCGGCUUCGAUCAUUAUAUUCUAAAGACACCUGCUUGUGACUUACAGUCCAGCCUCGCUUUGAAACUGAAAAGAAAGAUUCUUCAUGUACUUUACUACAACGAGCUUUACCCAGAUGAUGAAGAGAAAAGAAAAGAAGUGUAUAACAAAUAUAAACACUACUUAAAUGAUUACACAGAAGAAGAUAUUAAAUGGUAUGGUCUGACACUGCCAGAAGCGCUUAAAAAAUACGAGAAGGAAAAUAAAAUUACACCAGUACCUUUAAAGCAUGAAUUUCGAAUGAAACUGAUCCAGUUACUCAUGUCACCUCCUGAAGAAACUGAUCCUUCGGAUAAAGAGGAAAAAAGGUCGUCUUGGUUAUCCAAGAUAAAUCCAUUUUCCAAAGAGUCAUAAAGUUAGUUUUCACACAAAAGAUGUAGUUUUAAUUAUAUUUUAAUCUGAAAAUGUAUCAGUUUUUCUUAAAGAAAUAUAUCAUUAAAUAUA